AUGGCGUUCGCUCGCGUCUGCACGGCUUGCGUGCGCACUGUGCGGCAAGCAACUGCUCACAGUCAGCCACGGCCAACCCUCCCAACCCCUCGCGCCUUCUCUGCCCUUGCCCCGACCACGCCAGCCUACGCCAAGAAGGCCAAGAAGGCUGAGACGCUGCCAGCCGAGGACGAGGAGUUUGUCGAGGACGAGUUCGAGGAUGAGCUCGACGGGUCGGUAGGGGAGGAGCCGGGAGAGGCGGGGAAGGCUACGAAGGACACGAAGGAGUCCAAGUACGGCGAAGCACAGCGGCAACUGCGACGAGCGCUCCGCCUCAAGGGCCGCAACCUCCGCGCCAGUCCUCCCAGUACCCGGAUCCUCGAGAACCUCGCCAACAACGCCGAGCCGCACCAGUUCACGCAGGUUCAGGACGCCAUCAGGAAGUGGCACGAGCGGAACUUCCUCAAGCCCAACUCGCGACUGCCCGAGGUCGUUGCCUCGCGCUUCGGACGAGGCGGCGCCGCCGUCAAGGCCGUCGACAUGCUCGCGAACCGCAACAUCUAUCGCAUGGACGCCCCGUCUCUCCUCAAUCUCUACCCUGUCUUCCGCGGUCUCUCCAGGGCGCAGCCGAACGCAUCCGAAACGCCGGCACCGGCUGGAUUCGACUCGGCCGCCUCUCCAACGGAGAUUGUCGACGCCGCCUUCACCCUCCACACCCUUACCCUCGUCUACCACCCCGAAGCGAACAACAACCCUUUGAUCGACGCCUUCGUCCUCGCGACGGCUCUCAAGAACGGCGAGACGGACUCACCGCGCGUGCAGGCGAUGAUCAAGCGGCUCGCAGUUCGCCACGAGGGGCCCAUAGUCGCGUAUGCGGAGCACAAGCUCCCUCACAAGUGGGUCGCCGUUCUCGUCACCCAGAUGCGGGAUAUUGCGGUUGCGCUGGUUGAGCGGAAGGAUGCGAAUGCCGAGUUCUUUGCGCAUUUGGCGGAGCGGUUGAUGGCGGAGACGGCCGGGGGCAAGGCCAAGGCUCAGGCGUAG